GAAACCAACUCGUCGUCGUCCAGCUAAGCUCCCCCAAAGUGUCAACGUCCGGUGGUCUCGUCCUCCCUGCCCCCAUGGCCCCAUAUAAUAGUUCCCCACCGGCCACCAGGCCGGCCACCGGCGGACGGACCCGCCCAACACUCGCUCCGGUGCUGUGAGCCUGUGACCGUGUCUCUUCCCAGUUCCCACCACCUGUAUCUCUCAGCCUCGUCAGCUUCCCCCCUUCCGAUCGAAGCCUCCGGGGUCCGGUCCGGGACUAGCCACGCCCGGCCAUGGCGAAGCUCCCCCCCUGCCUGCUCCUCGUCUUCUUCCUCGCCUCCGCGGCGUACGCGUCGCCGGCGGCGGCGGGCGCCACCGCGACGGGCAUGUCGGUGGCGGCGGUGUCGUCGUCGGACCCGGAGGACAAGUGCGUGUACACGGUGUACGUGCGCACGGGUUCCAUCUGGAAGGGCGGCACGGACUCGAAGAUCGGGGUGACGCUGCUCGGCGGCGACGGGUCCGGCAUCCGGAUCGCGGACCUGGAGCGGUGGGGCGGCCUCAUGGGCGCCGGCCACGACUACUACGAGCGCGGCAACCUGGACAUCUUCAGCGGCCGGGGCCCCUGCAUGCGCCAGGCCCCCUGCGCCAUGAACCUCACCUCCGACGGCACCGGCCCGCACCACGGCUGGUACUGCAACUACGUCGAGGUCACGGCCACGGGGCCCCACCUCGGGUGCGCGCAGCAGCUCUUCACCGUCGAGCAGUGGCUCGCCACCGACGCCUCGCCCUACCGCCUCUACUCCACCGUCGACAAGUGCAGCAAGAAGAAGCGCCGCGAGGACGCCGCCGCCGCCGCCGCCGCCGCCGCGGCGGCGCUGUGAACCGAUGCUCCAGCCUCCAUGGCUUCGAUCACCUGCUGCCUCUGCCCUGCGCCCCCUAUGUAAUUAUUGUGAUCUCGCUCAUCGGAUUGCGUUUCUGCGAUGAGGACGACAUGGAUCGAUCUCUGCACGUAGUGCUUGCUAGUACCGGGAGAAUAAAACCAGCCACCUUUUCUUCGGGCUCCCAUCGCUGCUGCCGUGCUGGGAGGUCGUGUUUGACUCUGCUGAUGAGGUUGUUUGUAUGUCUGCGUCAGUUGAUUUGCCUUUGGAUGCGGUCUCCUGCCACUUGGCAUUGGUUUC